AUGAAAGGCCCGGCCAUUUUCCUGAUUCAAUACGUCGACGAUAAAGCACCAUUCAACACGCUGCCAUCUAUCGCGAAGUGGGCAGCGGACCUCGGUUACAUGGGAAUUCAACUACCCGUGGAUGAGCGCCUAAUCGACAUUGACCGUGCAGCAAACGAUCUAGAGUAUUGCAAGGCUCUCAAAGCUGAGCUUGCCGACAUUGGUGUCGAGAUCACCGAGCUGUCCUCCCAUCUGGUUGGACAACUUAUUGCGGUCCAUCCGGCCUACGAUAUGCUCUACGAUGACUUUGCGCCAGCUCAUGUCCGCGGCAAACCAGAUGAACGUCGAGCAUGGGCACAUGAGACGAUGCUCAAAGCCGCCAAGGCUUCCCACAAUCUCGGCCUCACAGCCCAUGCGACAUUCUCUGGUGCUUUAGCGUGGCCUUACUGGUACCCGUGGCCGCAGCGACCGGCCAAGCUCGUGGACACAGCAUUUGCCGAACUCGCAAAGCGCUGGCUACCCAUCCUAGACGCUUUCGAUAAGGCCGGAGUUGAUGUCUGCUACGAGAUCAUGCCCGGCGAAGAUCUAUUUGACGGGUAUACGUUCGACAAAUUCCGAGUGGCCACAGGCAACCAUCCACGUGUAAACAUGAUAUUAGAUGCUUCGCAUCUGAUUUUGCAGCAAAUGGAUUACUUGUCCUACAUCGACCAUUACCAUCAAUAUAUCAAGAUAUUCCAUGUCAAAGACGCGGAAUACCAUUCUGAUGGUAAGCAGGGUGUCUACGGCGGGUAUGCGUCCUGGCGAGACCGUGUUGGAACUGUACGGGCUAUUGGAGAUGGUCAAGUUGAUUUCAGGAGUAUCUUCACGAAGCUGUACCGGUACGGCUACCAGGGCUGGGCAAUAUUUGAGUCAGAAUGCGCCUUCAAAGACAUGCAGGUCUCAGCUGCAGAGGCUGCAGUACGAAUCACAGACUUGAUGGUUCCGAUGGCAGCUAAAGCAUUUGACGACUUUGCGGGAAGUAAGGAAGCUCACACCAGUGGGCAUGAUGAUCGGUCGGACCCAAAAAUGGCCAAGUUGCUGGGUUUUGGACAAACAUGA